AUGUCACAGUCGAUUCCGCCCUAUGCAUUCAAUCGCUCUCUUCAAACGGAAGAUUUUUUGGAAGACCAGACACUUCUCACCCGUUUCUCUAACCCCAAUAAAUCGAUUCGGUCGUUCGAAGGACGUGUGGGGAACGCGUACCCAGGUGAUGUGAUCGUCACAACGCCAAACAUGGACUACCUUUAUGCUCCUCCGAUAAACGAGCGUAGAGUUCGUCUGCGCAAAGAUCUACAUUUCGGCGAAGACGAUCCCCUCCUCUUCCCUCAGCCUUUCAACCGCAACAUCGCACAUCUCUCUGUCAUUCAGCUUCCAUCAACUGAUAAGCAGAACCCCCAUUACGCGGCCUGGGCCAGACCCCAAAUCACAGACUUCGAAGAGAGAGCAACACUGGACAUUUGUACAGGAAUGGGGAGAUUGUAUAGAGGAUUUUAUUGGGCUUUCGAUACCAUGGCUUCAAGGGUUCUUGAGCGGGCGGAGAGUAAGAAAGAGGACCGUUAUGUUACCUCCCAGUCUACUCAUCUUCGCCAGUUGAUGGAGAGGCUAGAGAGCCAAUGGGCAACAAGAAUGGUAACGUUUCAACGAUUCGCAUUGGCACAACGUCACUACCUCGAACUUCUGGCAAGGCUGGAUUGGAUCGACAAGUUCAGGGAGAGAUAUAUGGAUGGGAAUGUAUCCGGUGGUGGGGUAUCUGGUGGUGUCCCUGUAGAUGGCAGAGUAGUGGGAGCAUUCGCCGACGAUCAAGAUGUUGUAGAUCGUCUUUUUCACGCAGGGAUUCCCGUGUGGUACACCAGGCCAAUCAGUCAGGCGUUGGACGUUCGUAUCGACAAAGUUGGGGACUUCAUCGAUAAAAACCCGUGGCUUAGUAUUGAACUCCAUUGCGGAUAUACUAUUAACCUUGGAGAGGCUGCUCCUCCACACAGGGUCAUCUACACGGGACUUGCCAACAAGCCAGAACGUUAUCUCGCCAUGGCGCAAUAUGUUCAAUCUCUUCUACAAUACCCGUCUUUAUUUGGUUCAUCGGAGCCUCGUAGUUCCACCUCACUCGUACGAACUUCGCUUUCCUCCUCAUCUUCCGUGGUGGGCAGUUCCUCCCGUUCUACUCCAUAUCAAGGAAGGAAGGGUAAUCCAAAACAGUCAGACCGCCAUGGAAUCAACACGUUUCUAGAUCCAGAUUCGCGUUUGAUGCCAUCUGGUAUCACUGCAUGGCAAGAUGCUCUAGCUGCCCUCUCAAGUUACAACAACGCUCAGCCACCGCCGAACGGUAUCGACAAUGGUUUUGCAGUUCCACCCCCAAGGCUGUUCAUCAACGCCAAGGAUGAUUCCACAAAAGCUAGGCUGAUUUCGAACUGGCUCAAAUUGCGGGACCUUUUCCUUUUUCGGCUCUCCGUUGACCCAAGUACCUUGACUGCUAAGCAGUGGAGAAGUCUACUAGAGCUUAGAUUCGACAAUCACCCCUCCCAGUCAUCACAGUCCUCUGAUGGUCUCUCACGUUCGAAAAAAUUCCUCAACGAGAUGAACAAUCGCUUGAAAAAGUUUGUCGAUGAAAGCCAGAUAUCAUUGAAUCUCGAGAACUUGGACUCCGCGAAAGCGGUUUGGAGAGACAGGCAGAUUAGCGGCGACAGGCUUCCAUCUGACAGCACCGUUCGUGAAGUGAUGUGGGAGCUCUUUGAGCUCAACUUCCGAAGAGAGCUUUUGGUUCUAGACACUCGACUGGAUAUGAGCAGUAUGCCUGCGCUUGAAAGAAAGCUGCUGCUUGAUAAGUGUUACACGGGUUCAGCUGACAAUGUUAUUUUUCCAAAGAAUGAAACUCGUGGACUUGGAUCGCCGUCCAUUAGGAAUCGGAUACCAUUUCUUGAAGGACUUCAUAACGUGAUGUCAACGUGGAGGAUCCAGAAACCCAUUGCGUUGUUGGAUGCCUUUCCUAGGAAUACAGAAGCGCACAAUUACUUGGAGACCGUGAGGGUUGUAGAGCGUGCAAUCGCUUCCUCCUAUACUAUAGCAUUUUUGGACAUUUUUUGCCGUGCAGCUUCUGUUCCUCAUCAGCUUUCAUAG